UUAUUUUCAGAGUUGAAUAUAAUGGACACAUCACAACUUGCCACCAGUGCCAGACACUGUGAAGAGGAGGAGGAGGAUGAUGAUGAUAAAAUUGAAGAUGAAUGCCUCUUUAGGGGAAGCUUUGGUAAAAAAGAUGCAUCAAGAUGGGCUUCCAGUUCCAUACAUUAUGGAGAUUACCAUACCAGCCAUGAAGACAAGAACAGAAAUGACAGAAGUGGUUGGGGCCAAAGAAGAGGCAGAGGUAAUGAUUUUGGAAUGAGAAGAGGUGGUAAAGAGGUUGGAUUAGAUCACAGGAGAAAGAGAGACUACCCCAUAAGUUUCAGGGAACUGGAAAGGCUAUUACAAGUACCGUCUGAUGUAGUGGUCACAGAACUGUUAAGGAAAGGGUCGGGCUAUCAUCAACUUUUUGAAGAGGAUAAUGUAAAAGAUAAGUUUAUACUUUUGAUAAAAGUUCUCUCUCAUGCAUCUUCUACUCAAUCAAACAAAGAAAAUUUAUGUGACCUCUUCAACAAAACUUUUGAAACAAAGUUCAUAGACAAAUUGUGCAAUUUUGUAUUUUCUAUUAAGAGACUAUAUUUAAACAAUGCAAAAGCAAUUGUUCACUAAGUUGCUAGUAAUUUUGGAAGCAUAUGCAAAUGCAAUGCCAACUAAUGCCAUUGACAAGUUGCCCAGUUUAUUAGAUGCUUGCAUUGCAGUUUUGACACCAUUGAAGGAAAAGAAUUUGAUAAGUGAAAUACUUUUCAAACAAUAUGAAGACCUACAAGAAAUGCUGACAGAAGCCUCUAAACAGUGGGAACAAGAAAAAAAGCUUGAUGCUGAAGAAAGGAGAAGACAGAAGUAUGAAAUGGACCACAUGGAACCACCUGAUGAUUUUAAGGAAUAUUCAGUACUUCCCACACCUGGAGAUUUAUCAGCAGUUGAACGACCAUUUCUUCGCAAGAACAUAAUAAAGGGAAAAUAUAAUGAUCCUGAUCACUACUUAGACGUUCAGUUUCGACUUCUACGUGAAGAUUUUGUAAGACCUUUGAGGAAAGGAAUUCAGGAUUUCAAGAGUGAAGGCAAUAAAAUUAGGGAUGUAAGAAUUUACCAAGGUGUUACUGUUGUAGGAUCUCACAUUAAGAAUCUUGCAAUAAUUCAUCAUGUUCAGUUGAGUAUGUUAUAUGGAGUCAAAUUUGAGAAUUCCAAGCGCUUGUUGUAUGGUAAUCUUCUGUGUUUCAGCAGUGAUGGCUUCAGAACCUUGCUUCUUGCCUCAGUUGCUGAAAGAGAUCAGGAAUUGUUAAAAAAGGGGAUUAUUGGUGUUCAGUUUGAGUCUGAUAUUGAGAUGUUUGACAUGUCCAGUAAAUUCUUGAUGGUUGAGUCAAGGGCCUAUUUUAUGCCUUAUAAACAUGUCUUAAUGGCUCUGAAAAAUAUGUCUGGAACAUCUUUUCCUUUGGCACCUUACAUUGUUUAUGUUGAACCAAACAUUAAAUCUCCACUCUAUUUAGAUGAUGGAGAAAUAUAUGAUUUAAGAGUCAUUAGAAAUAUGAAAAUGAUGAAAAAAUCUGAGGCAUAUAAUACACUGUUUGACAUUGAAAUAGAUACUGAGGAACCUGAAGAUAGUCAGUGGAUGCACCUGAAAGAAGUGAAUGUUAAAGAGGAUCUCAGAGCAUGGCCAUCUGAAAAUGAUUUGGGUCUUGACAGUUCACAACGUAGAGCUCUUCGUAGCGGCUUGACACGUCAGCUAGCAAUCAUCCAAGGUCCUCCUGGUACCGGUAAGACUUUCAUAGGUCUCAAGAUCACACAGAUCUUGUUGCACAAUAGUCAGGUUUGGAAAAAUAUGGAUCAUCCAACACCCAUUUUGGUUGUGUGUUUCACCAACCAUGCACUGGAUCAGUUUUUGGAGGGAAUGAAUUCUUUUACAAGUAACAUUCUUAGAAUUGGUUCUAGAUCCAAAAGUGUGAAUAUAAAUCGCUUUCAAGUAAACUCAUUAGUCCAUACACUUCAAGAGCAAAGUGGUGUUCCAAGGUCCAUCCGAGACAGGACUUUUGAGUUACGGAACCAGAUAGUAUCACUUGAAAGUAAAAUAACUUUUAUGAGAAAGAUGAUAAAGAGUCAUAAAUCAAAUGAAGGGAUACUGUCCUUUGACCUGUUUAUAUCUGAAGGUAUUAUACCACCACAUUUGGUAGAACAAUUGAAAGUAGUUUCAAAUGAUAAGUUCACAGGGUGGUUGCUCUGUAACAUUCAACAAGAUAAUCAAGAAUAUCAUCUCCAGCUUCAGUUAGCAGAAUCUCAAGCUAAAACUACUUCCUUGAUGCAGGAAAAAAAUGUGGAAAAGGAGGAUGAAUCAGGUAAUGAGGGAGAUGAUCACUGGAAAGAUGUCCAGGAUCUGUGUGCUAUUGAAGAGCAAGAUAGACUGGUUGUAGAAGAAGGUUGGAAUCACAAUUAUGACUUAAAAUAUAAUAUUGAGUACAUGGACUAUGAAACAACAAAUGAUAGGCUUUCUGAGAAGUUAAAAAUAGCAAUGAAUGCUUAUGAGAAAGCAGCAGAUUCAGAUAAUAAGCUAAGAUGUACAAUUGUUGCUGGUCAGAUGGAAGCAUUAAAAAUUGGUCUUACAUUAUUUGGAGACCCCAGAGAAUUACAUCAAUUAGAAAAGGAACAGCAACUUAAUUUAUGGAGUCUUAGCAUUGAAAAGAGGUGGUACCUAUAUAAUUAUUGGUCAGAGAAGUUCAUCACCAAAAUAAAUGAUAAAAUUAAAAUUUUGGAAUCAAAUUACCAAAAGAUUUCACGGACCCUGCAAGAAACCCGGAACCAGGAGUAUUUGUAUGCCAUGCGUCAUGCCUCAGUGGUGGGCAUGACAACUACAGGAGCAGCUCAGUACAAUACUGUUUUGAAAGACUUGGCUCCUGCUAUUGACUCAAACAUCCUUGUUAUUGAUGUUAUUUAUGUUAUUGCCAUUGAUGUUAUUAUUGAUGUUAUUGCCAUUGAUGUUAUUCUGCAACUUGGCUAUAAUGGAGCCGUCGAGAUAUUUUUCCAGUCCCAGACAGAGGAGGAGGAGGAGGCGAGAGGAGGAGGAGGAGGAGGAGGCAGAGGAGGAGGAGGAGGAGGAGGCAGAGGAGGAGGAGGAGGAGGCAGAGGAAGAGGAGGAGGCAGAGGAGGAGACAGAGGCAAAGGUAGUGAUUUUGGCAACAGCAGAGGUGCUAAAAGUUUAGAUUGCUUGAGUGAGUCUCUGUCUUAUGAUAGAGCAUCAGGGUCAGACAGAAGGGGACAUCACAGAAGAGAGAGGGAAUACCCUAUGGGUUUCAAGGAAUUAGAAAGGCUAUUACAAGAACCAUCUGAUAUAGUGGUUACAGAACUGUUAAGGAAAGGCUCAGGCUAUCAUCUGCUUCUUGAAGAGGAUAAUAUAAAAGACGACAAGUUUGUACUCUUGAUAGAAGUUCUCUCGCAUGCAACUUCUACUCAGUCAAAUAAGGAAAACUUAUGUGACCUAUUCAGCAAAACUUGUGAAAGAAAGUUCAUAGAUAAAUUGUGCAAUUUCAUAUUUACAAUCAAAAGACAAUAUUUAAACAAGGCAGAAAUUUUUUUCGGUAAACUACAAGUGUUUUUGGAAGCAUAUGCAAAUGCAAUGCCAACUAAUGCUGUUGACAAGUUGCCCAAUUUAUUAGAUGCUUGCACUGCAGUUUUGACACCAUUGAAGGAAAAAAAUUUGAUAAGUGAAACACUUUUCAGACAAUAUGAAGACCUACAAGAAAUGCUGACAGAAGCCUCUAAACAGUGGGAACAAGAAAAAAAGCUUGAUGCUGAGGAAAGGAGAAGACAGAAGUAUGAAAUGGACUACAUGGAACCACCUGAUGAUUUUAAGGAAUAUUCAGUACUUCCCACACCUGGAGAUUUAUCAGCAGUUGAACGACCAUUUCUUCGCAAGAACAUAGUAAAGGGAAAAUAUAAUGAUCCUGAUCACUACUUAGACGUUCAGUUUCGACUUCUACGUGAAGAUUUUGUAAGACCUUUGAGGAAAGGAAUUCAGGAUUUCAAGAGUGGAAGAGGCAAUAAAAUUAGGGAUGUAAGAAUUUACCGAGGUGUUACUGUUGUAGGAUCUCACAUUAAGAAUCUUGCAAUUAUUCAUCACGUUCAGUUGAAUGUGCCAAAAAAGAUCAAAUUUGAGAAUUCCAAGCGUUUGUUGUAUGGUAAUCUUCUGUGUUUCAGCAGUGAUGACUUCAGAACCUUGCUUCUUGCCUCAGUUGCUGAAAGAGAUCAGGAAUUGUUAAAAAAGGGGAUUAUUGGUGUUCAGUUUGAGUCUGAUAUUGAGAUGUUUGACAUGUCCAGUAAAUUCUUGAUGGUUGAGUCAAGGGCCUAUUUUAUGCCUUAUAAACAUGUCUUAAUGGCUCUGAAAAAUAUGUCUGGAACAUCUUUUCCUUUGGCACCUUACAUUGUUUAUGUUGAACCAAAUAUUAAAUCUCCACUCUAUUUAGAUGAUGGAGAAAUAUAUGAUUUAAGAGUCAUUAGAAAUAUGAAAAUGAUGAAAAAAUCUGAAGCAUACAAUUCACUGUUUAAGUUUAAAAUAGAUACUGAGGAACCUGAAGAUAGUCAGUGGAUUUACCUGAAAGAGGUGAAUGUUAAAGAGGAUCUCAGAGCAUGGCCAUCUGAGAAUGAUUUGGGUCUUGACAGUUCACAACGUAGAGCUCUUCGUAGCGGCUUGACACGUCAGCUAGCAAUCAUCCAAGGUCCUCCUGGUACAGGUAAGACUUUCAUAGGCCUCAAGAUCACACAGAUCUUGUUGCACAAUAGUCAGGCUUGGAAAAAUAAGGAUCAUCCAACACCCAUUUUGGUUGUGUGUUUCACCAACCAUGCACUGGAUCAGUUUUUGGAGGGAAUGACUUCUUAUACAAGUAACAUUGUUAGAAUUGGUUCUAGAUCAAAGAGUGACACUAUCAAUAAAUUUCAGAUAAGUUCCCUUGUUCGUUCACUUCAAGGGGGCCGUGCUAUCCCACAAGCAAUUCACGAAAGGAACUAUGAUUUACGAAACCUGAUAAAAGAAUUUGAAUAUAAAGUGAAGAUGUUGAGGAAUAUGAUACUCUACUGUAAAGAAAACAGAGGGAUAAUAUGUCUUGACAUACUUAAGGAAGAAGGAGUUAUACCACCACAUUUGGUAAAACAGUUGGAAGUGGUUUCUGGUGAUAAAUUAACUGGAUGGUUACUUCUUAAUGUUCAGCAAGAGGAUCUUCAUCAUGUUCAGCAGCUUAAGUUUUCAAAUCCUCACAGUGAAGCCACUUCCUCAACGCAGGAAAAAAGUAAAGAGGAAGAGGAAGGUGACUUAAAUGGUGAUGAGUGGGAAGAUGCAGAGGAGUUGCUUGGUCUGGAGGAGCAAGAUAGAUUGUUGGAAGAAGAUAAUGGUGAUGAUGCAAAUUGUGAAGUACCUCGCCUAAAUUAUGAAAUAACAGUUGAUGACCUUACUGAGCAGUUAAACACUUUUAAGGAAAUAACAGAUGCAGAAUCUUACUUUAGACAUACUAUUCUCUCUGGUCAGCUGGAAGCAUUAAAUAUUGGUCUCAAAAUAACUGGAAACCAUUUUGAAUUAAGUCACUUGGUAAAGAAUCAGCAACUUAAUUUAUGGAGACUUGAUUUUCCAAAGAGAUGGGAACUAUAUAAUUACUGGUUAGGAAAACUCAUAGACAAAGUAACAAAUAAAGUUAAAGCUGUGGAAGCAGGUUACCAGAAGCAUUCUCGAGCCCUGCAAGAAACCCGGAACCAGGAGUAUUUGUAUGCCAUGCGUCGAGCCUCGGUGGUGGGCAUGACAACUACAGGAGCAGCGCAGUACAACAGUAUCAUGCAAGACUUGGCCCCGGCCAUUGUGAUCAUAGAGGAAGCAGCUGAGAUCCUUGAGUCGCAUGUCAUCACUUCCCUCACUGCCAACUGUCAGCAUCUCGUACUUAUUGGAGAUCAUCAGCAGCUGCGACCAAGUGCCACAGUGUAUGAACUAGCAACCAAGUACGGUCUGGAAACUUCUUUGUUUGAAAGAUUGAUCAAGAAUGGUCUUGCGACUCUGAUGAUAACAACAGCCAUGAAAACCAAUACGAAGCAGAGUUUAUCACAGGAUUGUGUAGACACCUUAUUUUACAAGGUUAUUCUUCAGAGCAGAUUACCAUCCUCACUCCUUACUCAGGACAGUUCUUCCUGCUACGUAAGCUUCAGCGAAAUCACCAGGCAUGUCAAGGUGUGAGGAUCUGUGUAGUGGACAACUUUCAGGGAGAGGAAAACAAUAUUAUCCUCUUAUCUUUAGUUCGCAGUAAUUUGGAAGGAAAUGUUGGCUUCCUUCGUACUGAUAACAGAAUUUGUGUCGCCCUCUCACGUGCCAAGCAUGGGCUGUACAUCACUGGAAAUAUGGACCUUCUUUGUACCUCAAGUGAACUCUGGAAGAAGAUUAAAAAUGAUCUUAAAGAAGAGAGCUCCAUUGGCAAUUCCUUAACUCUUAGGUGUGAAAAUCAUCCUGAUCAAUUAACAUCAAUAUCAUCAGGUGAAGACUUUGUCAACAAAAGUCCUGAGGGAGGAUGUCGUCAAAUAUGCGGUGGUUCUCUUCCACACUGCAAGCAUUCUUGUCCCAAGAUUUGUCACAUGGAUGAUUUACAGCAUGAAAUGUAUAAGUGUAGAGUUCCUUGUCCCAAGAUUCUUUGUGAGUUGGACCAUCAGUGUCCAAAGAAAUGUUGGGAAAAGUGUACACCAUGUGAAGUUCCUGUUGCAAAGGUGUUACCUUGUAGUCAUAUUCACAGAAUUCCUUGCCAUGUUGACCCAAGUAGCUACAAGUGUCCAACUGAAGUAAUUAAAGAAAAGCCUCUCUGUCAACACAAGGUUAAGAUGCCUUGCCAUUAUGAUCCAAAAGUAUUUCCUUGCCCCAUGGACUGUGAUACUAGACUGGACUGUGGUCACAAAUGUCGACUAAAUUGUCACCGUACAUCAGACCCAGACCACAUUCUUUACAAUUGUUUAGAAAAUUGUACAAGAUUGAAUGCAGGGUGUUCACAAAACCAUACAUGCAUAAAAAAAUGUUAUGAAGAGUGUGGAUCUUGCACAGUAAAAGUGAAGAAAAUAUUACCAUGUACUCAUGUGGUCAAUAAGGUUGAUUGUUCUGAGCGUGUUGAAGAUAUCAAGUGCCAUAAAUCCUGCAUUAAAACACUCAUGUGUGGUCAUCCAUGUAAGAAAGUGUGUUAUCAAGAAUGUGGCAACUGUGCAGUAAAAGUGAAAAAAACUGUACCAGGUUGUAAUCACACUGCUGAGAUGAAUUGUGAUUGGAAAUGCAAACAUCAGAAGUGUGAUAAACUUUGUGGUGACAAGUGUUCAAGAAAGCCAUGUGAUAAACCUUGUCCCAAGAAGUUGAAGUGUGGUCAUCCAUGUGUUGGCUUCUGUGGUGAUCCUUGUCCUCCACUGUGUCGCAUCUGUAAUGUUGAUGAACUUACAGAGUUUGUGUUGUUGGGCUUUGAAGAUGAUGAUGAUGCAAGAUUUGUAUCUUUGGAGGACUGUGGUCACACCAUUGAAGUGCAGGGCCUAGAGGGCUGGCUCAGUCAACAAACUGAGGAAAUUGGUAUGAAGACUUGUCCAAAAUGCAGGAAGCCCAUCUACAACAAUCGUCGCUAUCAAGACAUAAUACUUCAGACUUAUGAAACUGUGAAAGCUGUCAAGAACAAAUAUUAUCAAUCUCAGUCAAAAAUAAAGAGGAAGGAUAUUGAAAUAGUGUUGCAAGAUCCAGAAAUUGCUGCACGCUUCAUGACCCAGGUCAAAGAGCUGUUUAAGAAACUUGGUGUUGGUCCAUUGAAACAUAAGAAAGCCUUCAUCAAUGAAGGAGAACUGAGACUUAUACAGUUUCAAGCCCAAGUCCUUAAAAAAGCAACCAAGAUUCUGAUGUCUUUGUCUGAAGAUAAAGCUAGGCCUCUCAGUGCUAGGCCUUUGUUUGCAAGACUUCAUAGUGUACAUCUGGGGUCUAAGCAUGAAAUUCGUUUACGACCCAGAGUGGAAGCUAUUGUUGAACUUGUUAUGCAAAAAAAUACCAUCAUUGCCCCUCAAAUGGUUGAAGAAGUGAGCUGUGAACUGCAGCGUCUAAUGAUUCUUCCUGCUUACUGGAAUUUUCAAGAAAAAUUUCUGACCAACAGCAAUGAAAGUGUCAGAGUAAUCAAGGCACAGUUGGAUAAAUUAAUGGAUCCUACAGUAAAAUUUGAUUCAGUACUGGACACAAAAGUUUGUGCUCUUCUUAAAGAAAGUGAGAAGUAUUGUGGUGGCUUAGGAAUCAGUCAAAGUGAGAAGAUUAUGAUUUUGAAAACUAUGGGACUGAGACAAGGACACUGGUACAAGUGUCCUCAAGGACAUAUAUAUUGCAUCACUGAGUGUGGAGGAGCCAUGCAGGAAGGCACAUGUCCUGACUGUGGUUCAAAGAUUGGAGGUUCAUCCCACCGGUUAAGGAGUGAUAACACUGUGGCGGGAGAGAUGGAUGGUGCUACACAUGCAGCCUGGUCUGAGGCUAACAACAUGGCUAACUUCAACCUUCCUAAUAUAUAAAUGUUAGUAUCCACAUGUAAUAUCCAGCACAAUGUGUUUUAUAAUUUGAUUUGUGUUCAAAAUUUUAGAUGUUACUGUGCUUACAGUAUAUGUAUUGGUAGGUGGAUAUCUCUGACUUGUUAAUUACAUAAAAGAUUUACUGAUUAAUUUGCAUUUAACAUGAUUCUUUCUGUAAUAGUGCAGUGCUAUAUGACCCAGAGCUUAGUUUUGAUUAUAAUUAUAAUUUCCUUAAUAGUAAACUGAACUUACCAAUAGCCUCAGGUGCAAAGAUUUUAUAUAUAAUUUGCUCUCAUUUAUUAGUGAAUUAAUUUAGUUAUGUCAUGAGCAUCAUGUUACUACUGGUAUAUAAGUUAUGAUUUUUUUUAUUUAUUAUAAGCUAUUAGCCACCAAAGCAGAGCAUUUUUCCUCACCUUGUCUAGUUGAGUUUUGAAAGAAAGCUGUGAUCAACUCAGAUGUAAUUAACCAGCUAUUCACUGCAGGCAUAGGUAAACAGCUCCUUACUCAUGGCUUAGUUAACCACAUGUUAACUCCUGGCUUGGGUAACUAGCACCUCACAUCUGGUCUGGUUAACCCUUUGACUGUUUCGGUCAUAUAUAUACGUCUUACGAGCCACCGUGUUUGACGUAUACAUACUCAUAAAUUCUAGCGGUUUCAAAUCAAGCAGGAGAAAGCUGGUAGGCCCACAUGUGAGAGAAUGGGUCUGAGUCAGUGCACCAUAUAAAAAAAAUCCUGGAGCACGCAGUGCAUAAUGAGAAAAAAAAAAUGAUCGUUUUUUUUUUUAAUUAAAACGCCGACUUUGUGAUCUAUUUUUGUAUAGUAUUUAUGGUUGUAUUCUUGUUUUCUUGGUCUCAUUUGAUAGAAUGGAAAAUGUAUACUAAUAUGUUUCCCAUUCUAUCAUAGUAAAUGUGAAACCAAUCAAAUGAUUGGUUUUACUAUAAAAAGAACCUGGAAAUGGAGCUCAAAGUUGGGGAAAUGUUUAAUUUUUGCCGAUGUUCAAAAGUAAACAAAUGAUGUCAUUGUCCAAUAAAUGUCCAACUAGCCAUUCUAAUAUGCAGUCAUGAAUAGGUUGACAUUAUUUGUUCAAUUAUUACAGUAUUGCAGUAGUCUGCAUAACAGUAAAUUUUCUAUUUUUUGUUUGAAUAAAAAUUCAAAAUAGAAAGCAAGAGUAAUAUCAGAGGAGCCUGGAGACGUGACUGAUGAACAAAGAAAAUGUUAUUUUAGAGCCAGGAAUGUCUGCAUUGUUCGUUCUGGACCUUAUUUUGAAAUUGUCAUAUUUUUUAAUUUUUGUGAAAUUGGCCAAAUUGCAAAUUUCUGACCACGUUAUUGGGUAGUUGAAAUCUGUAAAUGGGCAGUUUCUUGUGCUUAAUUGAUAGAAAAAACGGAGUUCUAAAGAAAUAGCUAUGAGUUUGGUCGACUGGAACAAUGGAAUUAGCCGAAAAUAGGGCUGAAAGUGGGCGAAAUCGCCGAUUUGUAAAUAUUGCCGAGGUUACUAACUUCAUGAGAGCGUAAUUCCAUCAGUUUUCCAUCAAAUUUUGUUCUUUUGGUGUCAUUACAAUCAGGAAAAGAUUCUCUAUCAUUUCAUAGGAUUUUUUUUUUUUUUCUGACACCAGGAGACAUCUCAGGAUUGGGGGUUGCGACAGUCAAGGGGUUAAGCAGAUCCUCAUUCCUGGCUUAGUUAACCAGCUACUCACUAACAUUUUUGAAACUCAUGGCUAAGAAGGGAAGGUAUCUAGUCUACUUUUUCCUGUCAAAUUUUUUUUUUUUUUUU